AUGGCUCCUCCCACAUUUGGCGAUUUGGGGAAAGAUGCGAGAGAAAUCCUUAGUAAACAGUAUUAUUUCGGGCUGUUGAACGCUAAAUUGGCAUCUACCUUCCGGGAUUUCAAAAUAACCAACAGUAUCAACCAGAACUUCAAGAUUGGUGCGUCUUUUGAGUCAAAGCUGAAAAUUCCCGAAUAUGGAACCACCUUAACGAAAAAGUGGAGCUCUGAAAAUGUUAUGGAUUUUGAAGUAUGUAUAGAAGACAAGAUCUACAAGGGACUGAAACAAACCUUCAAAUAUUCACGAGAAUUAUUUACCAGGUUUGACUCAUCUUCCUUGUAUAAUCGAGUUGGUGGACAACUGGUAGUUCGUCUAGGAUCCAAAAUCCUGAUUCCAAACCAACCAAGAAGAAGGGUAUGA